AUGAGCAUAUAAAAUCCGAAUUUUCCUCAAAAUUAUAGUUUUAAAUGGAAACCAACAAAUAGUGGAAUAAAUAACGGAAAUAUUUAAAAAUCAAAUAAAAAAAUAUAAUGUUUAAAUCAUAUAAUAAACCAUUCUUAGUUAUCUUAAAAAGCCAAACUAUAUAAUAAUAUAAAAUUAUAUUAAAUAUUAAAAAUAAAAUAAUUUAUAAAGGAAAAAAGCGAUUAUGUUAAUAAUUAUUUACCUCAUUCAUUUAUAUUUAAUUUAGAUUCUGAAGAUUUUAGACAUUCUCUUGACGAGUUUUUAGAUUUAUUUAUCACAAUAGCAUAAUCUACAGGACUUAAAAACAUUUGGAUGUUAAACCCUACUGAUACAAAUAGGGGUAAUGGUAUAAGAAUAUUUAAUGACUUGUGUUAAUUUUAAUAAAUAAUGAAAGAAUAUGGAAAGAAAUAAAUAGUAGAAAAUGCUAUAAAUAAAAUAACAAAAUAAUUAGAUUAUACAUUAAGCGAAAGAUAUGUAAGACUUUCAUCUGAAAUAUAUAAUAUAAAUAAAUAAAAUUUAAAUAAUAUUUAUAUUCAUUUAACUAAUAAUGCUAUUUAAAAAGUUUCCUAAAAUUAUGGAAAAUAUGAAAAUGGAAAUAUUAUUUCAUAUAAAUAAUUAGAACAAGCAUUAUAAGAAAAAUACUAAAAUAUUAAAUUUUAAAAUAUUUUGGAAUAAAUAUAAAACCUUAUUAUCAUUUCAAUUGAAAGUUGUAAAAAAUAAUUAAAUAAAUAAGAAAAUAGGUUUAAUUUCGAACUUUUUGGUUAUGAUUUUAUGAUUGAUGUUGAUGGUCAUGUGUAUUUAAUUGAAAUUAAUUCAAAUCCAUGUUUAGAAGAAUCAAACGAUCUUUUAUCUUAACUAAUUCCAAGAAUGAUUGGUAUUUUUUAUUUUUUUAAUUAAUAUUUAUGUAUAAAAAUAGAUGAUAUGUUUAGAUUAACUAUUGAUAAAAUUUUUAAUUAAAAUUAUUCAUUAUAUGAAUUUAGUGGAUAAAAAUCUAAAUUAAAUCAAUAAUAAACUCCUUAAUUAGAUUUUUAUGUUGAUGGACAUAAAAUAUAUGAAAAUUUAUGGUAAAUAUAUAUUAUUCUUUUUUAAAUAUUAUUAAAAAAAAGGGUUUAUUUAGGAUAAUUAUGA